CCUUAGUGUGUCCACAAUCUGCCAUCUUGGUCCUAAAAUCCCAGACUGCAAUUCCUCUCUCCUGAUAAGGAGCUUCCCCACAUCUUAACCGGUGACCGGUUGGCUGACUCCACCAUCACACUCGCAUUUGGCCCUUGAACUCCUCUCUCACGUGACCACGCCCCUUCCUUCACAUCCAAUCCCGACAUGGAGCCCAUCAAGGUCCAAUCAGAAGGUGGACUAAAUGUGACCCUCACCAUCAGGCUGCUGAUGCACGGCAAGGAGGUUGGAAGCAUCAUAGGAAAGAAAGGAGAAACGGUGAAGAAAAUGCGUGAAGACAGUGGAGCCCGCAUCAACAUCUCAGAGGGGAAUUGCCCUGAGCGGAUAGUCACCAUCACCGGGCCAACAGAUGCUAUUUUCAAGGCCUUUGCCAUGAUAGCCUACAAGUUUGAGGAGGAUAUAAUCAACUCUAUGAGCAACAGUCCAGCCACCAGUAAACCCCCUGUGACCCUGAGGCUUGUUGUCCCGGCCAGCCAGUGUGGCUCACUCAUCGGCAAAGGAGGCUCCAAAAUCAAAGAAAUGAGAGAGUCCACAGGAGCUCAGGUCCAGGUUGCAGGUGACAUGCUCCCCAACUCCACAGAGAGAGCAGUGACGAUCUCAGGGGCCCCAGAAGCCAUCAUCCAGUGUGUCAAACAGAUAUGUGUGGUGAUGCUUGAGUCCCCACCGAAAGGUGCCACCAUCCCCUACCGCCCCAAGCCUGCCUCCACCCCUGUCAUUUUUUCAGGUGGCCAGGUAAGAGCAGACCCACUGGGGGCGUCCACAGCCAACCUCAGCCUCUUACUGCAGCACCAGCCACUGCCUGCUUAUACCAUUCAAGGACAGUACGCCAUCCCUCAUCCAGAUCAGUUGAGCAAGCUCCACCAGUUGGCUAUGCAGCAAACCCCCUUUACCCCCCUCGGACAGACCACCCCUGCCUUCCCCGCAGCAGGUCUGGAUGCCAGUAACCAGGCCAGUACUCAUGAACUCACCAUUCCCAAUGAUCUAAUAGGCUGCAUAAUCGGACGUCAGGGAACCAAAAUCAACGAGAUCCGUCAGAUGUCUGGGGCGCAGAUCAAAAUUGCUAAUGCCAUGGAAGGGUCAUCGGAGCGCCAGAUCACCAUCACAGGGUCCCCCGCCAACAUCAGCCUGGCCCAGUACCUCAUCAAUGCAAGGUUCAGAGACGUGGCGGCCAUGUGGAACGACCCAACUUCCAUGACCACAUCCUGAGAUCCCUGACUGGCUCCUCCGUUUGGCCCUUUCCAAUGACAGACUACCGCAGACAACCCUGAUGAAGCCCUUCGGACUCUGGCUCUGGCUCUCCGAAAACCAUGACCGCCUUCCUGCCCUGGUUCAAAGUUGUUUAUAAGUCAGGGAGGGUUGGGCGAUCAUUUUUAUUUCAGAGAGCCAAAUUAAAUAGAAAAAAAAUAAGAAUUACAAAAAGGAAUUCUCUGUUGAUUAGUUUUCUGUUAAAGCAUGUUGAAUGUUUAUUAGGAACAACUUGUGCUAAUCUUUUUCUUCUUUUUCUCUCUCUAUUGCUUUCUCUUUCUUUCUGUCAGUGCUGCGUCAUAGAACAUCAUUAAAAGUAUACACUUGUAAAAGAUUCAGAAUUUUUGUAGAACGUAGUUAUUUGCAUAUUACAGCUGCGCAGUGAUGCUAUCGGCAGAGUGUGUGGUGGGAUGUAGCCAAAGUAUUCAAUUUUGAUAAUAUAUUUUGAAAAAAAAAAAAAAUUGGACUGUUCUGCUUUUGUCCUAAUUUGCAUCUUUGUCUACUUACAAAUCCAAUCUCUACCCAUGACUCUUUGCUGCAUCACAUGACCCUUUUAAGCCAAUGGUAUCACUCCUAGAGCCUCCCUUCUCGUGUUGAUUUCCUAUAUUUACAUUAUUGCUUAUAUUGCAUGUGUUCAAUGUCGUGUCGUUGUGCAUUUCAGUAAACCUGUUCAGUGUAUGUGUUCCUUCAAAUGUUAGUAUUAUAUCUUUGUGCUCCCGUUCUUUUCCAAAAAAAUUUUCAACAUUUUUGGCCAUUCACGUCUAGUCCUACUUCCUGCCCAAAUGAGAAAACUUUCCAAAAUAGCCUCCUUCUAUCAAAACCGAUUAUUAGUAUUUAGAUGCAUGAAUGGCAAUUGGUGGCUAAAACACUAACUGAAAAUUAAAAUGAUUGUUUACUAACUUCUUCUUAUUAUACUGUAUUUGUUUUGUACAAGGACUUUUGUGAUUUAGCACAUUAGUCAACUACGCGGCGCUCAUGCAAUAGACUAUUCAACACUUUACUCUGGACUGCCUCUGAUGUGUGAGGAAUUAGUUGGACUUAAAAGCCAAGUGUUGCGUCCAAACCGUUCGGCUUCCUUCCCUUGUAUUGGAAAAACGUUGAGGUCUUUGAGAAAGCUUUUGAGAGAGCGAAAAACAUGGGAAAGAAGCCGACUCGUCACGGCAAAGAGGCCUGAACGUUUGGACGAAGCCAAAUGGUAUUUUUUGGGCCACGGAAUGUUCAGGGGUUCAUUGGGGGGGAACUCGCAGGGCCUGGGCGGACGUGACCACUCAGUCUCUUUUUCAAGAUUGUUCAUCUCGUCUUUUUGUUGUCAUAAGAUUGAUUUGACGCUUUAGGUUUGAAUGUCUUUUUAUUGUCAUGACUGUCAACAACUUAAUUGUUUUUAUUUGAAAAAGGACAGGUUGGAUGACAUUUCCUGUGUCACUGGUUUUCAGUAAAAACCAGCAUGUAUUUAUUUAUGGUGUGGUGAUGCACAUAUGACUUUUUGGUUGUUGAUCAUGAAACUUAAGCUAAGUUAGUUUUGUCGUAUUGUAUUUAAUUUGAGAGGGAGGUGUGGAUGAUAUUUGGUAUGGUUCAGUAUUUCAACCAUCCCUCACGUGUUUUACUGAUGAGGAUGCUCUAAAUACGAUUGGACAGCUUGAGUCGUCUCAUUUCCGAUCAGCUGAGCUCAAUUAAGUUUUGACAUAAUACAGCUGUUGAAUGUUAUUGUCGAAUCACAUUAUCUACUGUCCAACACAGCAUCAUUCUGCAUUUCCAGUGUCUCAAUUUCUUUAUACAUACCACUACUUCUGUUUUAUUGCUAGCCAUAUGCUGAGCUUUAAGGAAACGUUUGAUAUCUCGGGAAAUAUGGUUUUUCGAUUUCUUGUCAGAUAAGAAUUCCAUUUACCAGCACCUAAAGUUCACAAAUUAAGUUGAUUUACUUUUUCUUCCAUCUUCACGCUAAGCUAAGUUAAGCUAACCGUCCACUGGUUUUUGCCUCAUAUUUAGCAAAGAAAGCAAAUAGAACUCAGAGGGCUUAAACUAUAAUGAAAUAAGUAACAUUCUUGACUUCAAGCAACCAGCUUGAAGAGACUCCAGCUGUAGUAGUCCGGAUCAGGAAACAGUGCGGCUCAUAACCGACCAUUUACAUCGAUUUGUUGUUUUUACACUUUAGUUUAUACAAAUUAAAAAAAACACAGCUGGUAGGCAGAUUUUGUUACCUUUGAACAGAGCUAGGCUAGCGGUUUCCUCCGUUUCAAGUCUUUAUGCUAAGCUAAAUUACCCAGCUGCUAACAGUAGCUUCAUAUUAAGAGUACAGUGAUGAGAAUGGUAUCAAUCAUGUCAUUUAACGCUCUGCAAGAAAUUGAAUCAACAUAUUUGCCAAUAGGUCAAUCUUUCCUGUAACUUUGGGUCUUAAGCGCUUCGAUGACAUAAAUGUGAUUAUGUAAAUGGACAAAUGCUGUAUUGCUAUACUGAACCAUGCAUAGUCAAUGAUUAUUCUGCAAUAAUUCUUACAUUUUGAUGUGAACUCAAGUAGUAGUGCUAGCAUUGAAAUUAUGAAUUUGUGUUUCUUUUUAUUUUGAGUUGUCAUAGCUUGUACUUCAAUGGGAAUGUUUGUCAAAUGAAUACAAUUAAAUUAUGUUUUUGGGCAAACUUGCUUUUUAGAACAGUUAGCUAAUACCUAAGAGGGCAUUCUUUCCCAACAGUACUGUGACCGUAAAGAACAUCCUCAAGGGUAUUAUGGCUUUUACACAACUGUUAUCAGUGCAUGUGUACCAUUGAAAUGUUUUACUUAAAUUGGUACACAUUUUGUAAGCAUUAAAAACAUUGAAAAACAAUGAUUACUAAUGCUAAUUAGCACAGUUGGCGCGUGCAUUUGACAAAGAUCUUGUUGUGUGAUAUGAAUUUGGUUGCUAUGGCAGUGUGAUUUCAAUAACAUCGAUAUUCAUGAGUUACUCAGUGUUUGAAACCUGUAUUUACAUUUGUGUAUAUGCCUGAGUAUACUACAACUUUGAAACAAACUGCAACUAAUGCAAUAAUAGGGUGCAAUGUGCAAUUAUUUAUUCAGUUAUUAUUAGUAUAGAUACAGGAGAACUGUGUAGCUUAUUUAAAACACUUUUUUUAAAUCCACUUUCCAUGUGGCAGCAACAGCAGGAAAAAAAGAAUGACUAGACAUGUUUUUUUUCAGCUUUUGUUUGUGUGUAUUGCAGUUUGGGGAAAAAAAGUGAUAGAACUUCGUAACUAUUUUCGAUUGAUUUAUUUGCUAUGUGCAGAUCUAUAUUAGUUGUGAGUAAUUACAUAGGUUUUAAUUUCAAAGUGUUGGUAAGUAUAAAAACAA